CCGUCAGCUCGCUGCUCCGCUAUAAAUACUUCAGGCCCAGGUGGAGGGACGGGAAGGGGGAGCGGCGCGGGAGCCUAUGCAUGGCCGGGCGGCAGCACCAAGGGUGAGUCCGGGCCCCGCUGACAUGGCUGCAGGUGUCAUCCGGCCCCUGGCCGAGCUGCGGCUGCCCUCUCCCUUCCCACAUGGCCUGCUGCUGCCCAUACACCCUGAGCCCAACUUCCCCGACCUCUCCGAGGAGGAGGAGGAGGAAGAGGAGGAGGAGGAGGAAGAUGAAGAGGAGGCAGCAGAGGAGAGCGUGAGGCCAGAACUGGCUGUCCCCAGCACUGCCGAGACCACCCUGCGGCUCCUCAAGUUUUCGGAGUUUAUCAGCUACGACAUCCAGCGCUACUUCGGGCGCCGGGGCCGGGAGGAGGCUGCUGGCGUGCCUGAGGACUGCAGCUCACCCCGGCGCACCGAGACCCAGCCCGAAGCCACAGCACCGCGGGGCAGCCCCGGGGCCGUGCACAGGCUGGGGCCGCUGGCUGAGCUCUUCGAGUACGGCGUGCACCGGUGCCUGCCACCCCGGGCGGCCGGCGGCAAGACACAGCGGCUGGAGAAGAAAUACGGCCACAUCACCCCCAUGCACCGGAGGAAGCUGCCGCCCUCCUUCUGGAAGGAGCCAGGUCCCGGCCCCGCCGGCCUCCUCCACGCCGGCACUCCCGACUUCAGCGACCUCCUGGCCAACUGGACGGUGGAGCCGGGGCCGGAGCUGCCGGGCACCGGGCAGGAGCUGCCGCCUGAGCCGGGCCACCCGGGGCUGGAGGCUGAGCCCUUCGCUGGGCUGUGACCCCACCAUGGCCCCGGAGGCCC